AUGAUUAAUAAUUAAAUUUAUUAACCAGUUGAAUUCAUUUAUUCAUAUACGAUAGGAGGAAAGGAACAGUAGCAUUUGUAGUUAAAGAAUUAAUUACCGCAAAAGAAGAGGAAUCUAACAGAGGAAGAGAGAAAAUAAAUAAACAGAGAUAUAUAGAAUAAGUUUGAUAGAAAGGAAAUUGUGAAGAAAAAAAUUCAUAAGCAAAGUUUUAUCAAAAUUAACCCUAAGAAAUACCUAAAAUUGUAUUGGAUUAAUCUUUAGUUUUAGAUUCAAGAAAUUGAAGUGCAGAAAAAAUAAAGUGAAAAAACUGAUUCUUGGAAAAAAAAUAAAAAUCAUUAAAAGAGAAAGGAUCUUCCAAAUAGGUAAGGAAGAAUGAAGGAUGCCUAUGAUAAAGAGUAUGAUAAGGGCAAAAGAAAAAUAAACAUUAGAUUUUGA